CUAGUGGCGGAGGAAUGAUUAGCAUUUUCCGAACGCAUGGUGUUCUCAGUCCAGCCUUUUGGCUCGCUAAAAAACACAAAAUUUGAAUUAAUUUCUUCCCAUUUUGUACACAUUUUUGUGUACCACCACAGCUGAAGACCUGGAGGCGAAAAUGAACUGGGGGUCCUUUUAUGCCGUGAUCAGCGGCGUAAACAGGCACUCUACUGGCAUCGGACGCAUUUGGCUGUCUGUCAUCUUUAUCUUCCGCAUCCUGGUCCUGGUGGUUGCUGCAGAGAGCGUUUGGGGAGAUGAAAAGUCUGGCUUUACCUGCAACACCCAGCAGCCCGGCUGCAAUAGCGUCUGCUACGACCAGUUCUUCCCGAUCUCACACAUCCGCCUGUGGGCGCUUCAGCUCAUCCUGGUCUCCACCCCUGCACUCUUGGUGGCCAUGCACGUAGCCCACCGAAGGCACAUCGACAAGAAGAUCCUGAAGAGGACAGGCCGCAGUAGCCCCAAAGAGCUGGAACACAUCAAGAACCAGAAGUUUCAGAUCACAGGAGCUCUGUGGUGGACAUACAUGAUCAGUAUCAUCUUCAGAAUCAUCUUCGAAGUGGCUUUUCUCUACAUCUUUUACUUGAUCUAUCCAGACUUUAAGAUGGUGCGUUUGGUGAAAUGUGACUCAUACCCUUGCCCCAAUACAGUGGACUGUUUUGUCUCCAGACCAACAGAAAAGACCAUAUUCACUGUGUUUAUGCUGGCAGUGUCUGCGGUGUGUGUGCUGCUCAACCUGGCUGAGGUGGUGUACCUCAUAGGCAAGGCCUGCAAACGGUGCUUUCGCGGCUCUGAAGAUGAGUCAAAGUUGCCGUGGAUAAGUCAAAAAUUGUCUACUUACAGGCAAAAUGAAAUCAAUCAGCUGAUAGCAGAUCAUUCUCUCAAGUCUAAGUUCACUGUGACCAAAAAGAGCCCAACCGAGAGGGGUGAGAGGUGUUCUGCUUUCUGAGACUCUCUUGAACUAAUAAGCAGUAACCACACCUGACUGUAGCAUCUCAUGCAUUAAUGUCACGUAUACUGUGUAUUUGGUCAAUGGUCAGCUUCUUGAACAUUUAUUUAUUUAUUUAUAUAUAAUUCAGUUAGUUGGUCUUAGAUUAUUGUUUUUAUCUCUUCAUUUUUACUCACAAAUGUUAGCUGCUCUUCUUGUCUAAACUAUGUGGAGCCUGUAGUGAAGGUUUAAAGACCAAACUAGUGGUUCUGCACAUUUUAGCUCAUUUACCACAAAUCCAAGAUGGCUUGACACUUCAAAGUAUGCAUUUGUUGAAAUCUUGCAGGUGCAGCAGCUCAGUUUGCUUAAAAGCCCCAAAAUAAUUGUUCUGAUUGUUGUAUUAUAUGAGAACAUUAACGCAUACCAGCUAUAAAUGGUAAGUAUCGUUACAUAUACGUGAUUUCAAUUAAGAGAAAAGAAAAGCAGCCAAAAAGUUCAGAAACAUCGGUUUGGUCCUUUAAAAAGCAGCGAUUACUGAAGUAGUUUAAAUGCUGGAUAAGAAAGUCUACUUGUUAAUUUUUGUCAUUUUGGUCACAAAAAUGCUACUAUUCAAAGCUAGUAUAAGUAUAUGGGUUUAAUCAUUUAUAUGGGUACAAUGAUUUUAACAUCUAUUAACAGUAUGGUAAUUAGAUUUUAUUGGAUGGUCACUGAUUACUCUAAACUUUGUGUAGACAUCAAAAACAUAUUGCUAUAGUUGGUGCUAGGAAAGAAUAUUUAAUUUAUUUUUAAUUAAAUAUUGUUUAAAUGUGUCUGUGAUGUUAUAACCUACACCAUACCUAUUGACCACAAUAUUCAAUUUCAAUUCAAUUUUAUUUAUAGAGCACUGAAUCGCAACAUUGGCCUCAAGGCGCAUUAUAUUGUAAGGUAAAUGCCCUACAAUAAUUACAGAGAAAACUCAACAGUUAAAACGACCCCCUAUGAGCAUGCACUUGGCGACAGUGGGAAGGAAAACCCUUUAAACAGGAAGAUACCUCCAGUGUAACCAGGCUCAGGGAAGGGCAGCCAUUUGCCAUCUGCUGGGACCGGUUGGGGCUGAGGGGAAGGGAAACGGGACAAAAGCACAUUGAAGUCAGCAGCCUCUGAGGCGGGGUGGUCUGCAGCGUGCAGCAGAUCUUUUUGGGUCCCUUAGGCUGUAGCAUGGGGCCUCUGUAAACUUGCGGAUGCGCGAUCCAAAUGGGAUCUGCGGGGUUUGGAGGCCUGGUCACUACCUCGAGCGCUGCGUCUGGUUCCUCAAGCAGCUCCUUUGACAGGGUGCUUUUAUCUGCAGGGAGAGACCACUGCUGUCGGGGUGUGCUGUUGCCACGGGUGGUGUUUGGAUGCGGGCAUACCUGCAUGAAUGCAACAACCCAAAGUUUCUUUGAAGAGCAUUGCAUUGUGAGGAGAUGAUCAAUGUUCACCUGUCAGUGGGUUUAGUAUUGUGGCUGCUCAGUGUGUACAAAAAGGAAAAAUAUUUGCCUCAAACAUGUUACUAUUUUUGAAUGAUGAAUAAAGUCUUCACUUUGACAUGUCAUGAAACCUUCAUCCAUUUCCAACUCAUAAUCCCUGAAAGAUAUAAUAGACAUUACAGUGAUUUCAGUGUUUCUAUUUGUCUGCAGGGUUACCAUUCAGUAGAAUAUCUUUGCAGCUUUUGUUGUAAAGUUUUCUUCUGGUGAGCUUAAAUAAAUGUUUGCAGUUGACAUACUUUUUAACAGACCCUUAUAUUCACCAUCAUGUUAUAUUAGUUAAUAUCUCUCCUAUCCCAUAAAUGUAAUGCCUGAUGCUCUGGUAUGUUUAUACAAACCUUUUGUCAUUU